AAAUCCGAUCUGUUUACAGGCCUACCCCCGAGCCCUCUUUCAUAGCUGUCCAAAUUGUAAUCUUUUUCAUCUCAACAUCCCUAGUUGUAAAAAUACACGCAGAGAGUUGUAAGCAUAGAUGGCACCUGGAGGUGCUGUGAACAUGAUAGAGCGGGCCCACCAGAUGUACAGAGAAGGCAAGUAUGAAGAAGCCCUUGUGUUUUAUACUGAUGCUCUCUGUUUGGCCAAGACCAAGCCUCAGAAGAUUGCGCUUCAUAGUAAUCGGGCUGCUUGUUUCCUCAAGCUCCAUCGUUUUAAUAAGGCUGCAGAUGAAUGUACUUCAGUGCUUGAGCUUGAUUACAAUCACACUGGAGCAUUGAUGUUACGUGCUCAAACUCUAGUCACUCUCAAGGAGUAUCAUGCAGCGCUUUUUGAUGUCAACAGGCUUAUUGAUUUAAAUCCAGAAUCAGAUGUGUAUCAAAACCUUCAAGCUCGUUUGAAGACACAAAUGUCUCUUGCGCCAAUACCUGAAGCUGAGACGGAGUUUGAGGAAGAUGAAGACUCAGAAGAAGAACAAGAUCAGGAAGAUGAAAUAGAAGUAGAAGAAGGUCUAGACCAACAAGAAGGAAAUGAUAAAAAAGAUGAGCAUGUGGGAGGAGAAUCAGAAGCAAAUGCUGUAGUAGAAAGAAAUAUAAGUACAGAAAACAGAUCAACCGUAACCGGAAAAACUGCCCUCCAAUCUUCUGAUCAUUGUCAAAAAGUGGAAAAAGAUACAGACCAAAGUCAAAGUCGUAAGGAAUCAUCUGUACAAAAUUCUGCAGGAUGGCAAACAAUACCAAAGCCAAAAGGACAUUCAAAUCUUGAUUACUCGCGAUGGGAUAGAGUUGAAGAUGACUCGAGCGAUGAGGAUGAUGAUGAGGAUGAGGAAGAGUCUCAGCCUCAGUAUCGAUUUCGGGUGAGAACUGUUGGUGUGCAACAAGUAAAGUAAAAGGUGGAAAAGACAGAAUUAGACAUCUCGGCACUUCAAAUCUCGUGCUGCAGACAUGAUCUGUAUCAGUCUAGCAUCUGUUGGUUGCCAUACUCGCAGCUAGCAAGUGUCUGUUGAACUCUGUGCUGCGGCUACAGGUUAGAAAACCAUACAGAAAAUCAUACUUAUCCCAGAUUGUUUAUUGUAUGUAGUAUGUCCAAAUUAAAUUUUACCAUUCAUUGUAAAUUAUAAAGUUGUUUUGGUUCCCCGUAUUAUGCGGAUCAUGUACAAUAUACACUAUGAAUUGAUGGAUAUCGUGAAAAUAUACCAUUUUUUAGGCUUC